AUGGAAAAAUAUAAAUUUGAGACUCUUGCCGUAUCCUUUCUUGCCGAAUAUGUGAUAAGUGUUCAAUUGAAUAGAGCUGAAAAAUUGAACGCUUUCAAUUCAGCUUUAUGGCGAGACCUGAAAGAAUGUUUUACGGUCAUAAAGGAUGAUUCUACUGUCAGGGCUGUGAUCUUAUCGGCUGCUGGAAAGCACUUUACGGCUGGACUUGACUUAAACGACUUUCCGACAGUAGAUAUGAAGGAAGACUAUGAUAGUGCGCGACAGGCACAUCGUUUGCGAUUGAUUAUAAAGUCUAUGCAAGAAUCCAUAACUGUUGCCGAGACUUGCGAUAAGCCAAUCAUUACCGUGACCCACGGUGCAUGUUUGGGUGCAGGGAUCGAUCUAAUAACCGCCUGUGAUAUUCGAUAUUGUUCUCGAGAUGCGUAUUUCUGCGUCAAGGAAGUUGAUAUAAGCAUAGCAGCCGAUCUUGGCACAUUGCAGCGUCUUCCAAAAGCAACUGGUAAUGACAGCGCUGUAAGAGAACUCUGUCUUACUGCUCGCAGGCAAGUUUACCAGGAAGCCGCGAGCAUUGGACUUAUAAGUAAAGUGCUAGAUAGCAAAGAGGCUGCCAUUGCCGAAGCAACCAAAACGGCGAUUCUCAUUGCAUCAAAGUCACCUGUUGCGACGACGGGAACAAAGCAUCUGUUGAAUUAUUCACGUGAUCACUCCGUUGCCGAAGGACUCGCCUAUACAUUAGCAUGGAGUCAGGCCAUGACGAAUACUCGGGAUAUCCCAGAAGCAAUAGAUGCAGUACUUGGCAAGAGAAAACCAACAUUCAGCAAAUUGUGA